AUGUUACGGCGCAAAAGUUCUGAGGAGUUGAGCAAUCUUUCGCGUAACUCCUCUGCUGGCAGCUCAUCUGACAUGCUGCGCUCUACAUCCCUCGUGAACCUCAUCACGGGAAAGGAAGGACCACUGGAGGAUGACGACGCGUUUACCCGCCUCAAAUCUCAAAAGGACACUGUGUUACUGCUGGUAGAUGGGGUGAGGUUUCUGUUGAAGCGCAAGACUCUUCUCUCACAUCCGGAGACUAUGUUGGGAGGAAUGUUCGGGGAGAACAUGGAGCGGUUUACCAAGGAGAACGGAGAUGGAGAAUUCAAGAUAGACAGUGUUUCUCCGGAGAUAUUCAGAGCUAUAUUAGGGUAUUACGUGAACGGAGAGAUUAAAGUUCCUUAUGAUCUGAAUAUGUACGAGAUCAAGGAAGCGUGUGAUUUCUUCCUCAUCCCCUUCAACACCACUACUGUCGUAUCAGAGAACCUCAGUGCUUUCAUGAACGAGCUCUCUAACGAUGGUUCUCGGAGAAAGUUCGAGAGUUUCCUCCAGACUGAUAUAGUGCCCGGCAUGGCAGAGGCAGCAAUGAAGGGGGAGAGGGAGUGUCACAUAGUGUGUUUAAAAGAUGAUGAUAUCGUAGACUGGGACCCCGAGUACCCCCCUGCUGUGGGGGAAGACAGACUCUCUGUAGUGAAGAAUAACGAGAUUAGUCGCUUUCUCAAGUAUAUAGAGAACAGGGAGGUUGCUAAGACAGUGCUCCAGGAGAAGGGGCUGAAGAAGAUCAGACUGGGAAUAGAAGGGUUCCCCACCCAUAAAGACAAAGUUAAAGUUACCCAGGUAAAACCCAGGGGUGGUAUCCAGGUAACCUAUUUCUACGUUCAGCGCCCCUUCAUAGUGAUGAGCUGGGAGAAAGAGGAACACAGAUCACGACACGUGGACUUUGCUAACGUCUCCACAUCGUGUCAGUCACACAGAUCUGUAAACUCAGACGAGACAGUCAACCUUCCUCCGCAGAACCUCAAUGCAGUAGAUGAGAUAGAGUUAGUAGAACAGAGAGAUCAGGAGAUAUGAUAUAGAGUUAGUAGAACAGAGAGAUCAGGAGAUAUGAGAUAGAGUUAGUAGAACAGGAGAUAUGAAGUGUAUUAUCACGAGAUAAAUGUGAGGAGAGAAGCAAAUUAAAGAGCAGUUAUAUGAAAGAAAUGGAAAAUACCAGUACGUGCAGUACUCGCCAGUAUAGUACUUGAAUAUAUUGGGAUGUUAUAGUUGUCUUGUUUCUUACAUUUUCUGGAGGUUCUUAUUUUCUACAAUUUUAACGCUGUAGAGCCCUGUUUUUCUAGUAGGUUGUUUGUUUUAACUAUAGUUGUAUUUGGAAUAGAAAGGAAGCUUUUAAUUAAUACCAACUGGAUAAGUCGGCUUAGUAUUCAUUAAAUUUGAUCCCUCUAUCCCAAAUACAAACAUAGUGGAUGUUAUAUUCAAAGAUAAUCGAUAGAGCAACGAUUAUUGAGAAAGUUGCGUUUUAAUUUAAAGGAUUAAAGAGUUUGAAAUAUUUUUAUGCGAGUUAGAAAUUUAAGAUUUUAUUCAUGAAUGGGUAAUAAUUCUAUUUGUAUACUGUAUUUAAUGCAUCGUCCAUGGUCUCACAAAAUGUUUUAAAGAUCAUACCUAUGAUCAGUUAUGUGAAGAAAAUACCAACAUUUAAAUUAUAAAACUUUCAGUAAUUUUCAAUCCAUCAAUUUUCACAGAUUUUUGCAAUUUCGAGUCAAAUACUUGCAUGUUGUUGUAAAAUUGUUAUGCUGACCCAUAUUUCAAUCAUAUGAUGUCGAUGACAUUUGUUCCUAAA